CAGUGAAGGUCCUUUUGGACUGUACAAAGACUGAGACGACGGUGAAGGGGGCAGGAAGAGGGUGUGAUUAACCUGCCCAAAUAGUGACAAGAUGGAAUCGCCCCGGUGGGAGCUGUGUCCUUGUUAAGAAAAGCAGACGGAGAAAAGGGGGGAGAAAGGGGAUUGGAGAGGCCGGUUUGAUUGGACCGUUCUUUUCAAAGCGCUCUACAGCGCCCCCCAGUGGGCCCAUCUUCAUUAUAACCUGUGGCGUGUGAGCAGCAGUUCAAUCUGCUGUUCACCUGCCGGAGGGGAGAGACCACCUCCGACUCCUGCGACUCCUGCACAGCGUGAUGGACGGUCGAAAGACGGCGACCCACCUAAGUGGAUCAUGCAUCUGAUCUAAUCCACUUGACCUUCUCUCUCUGAGUCGAGGAGUUCAGGGAUCAGUAAGUCACCUGAUGUUCAGCUUCUCCGGGUCUCACAGAUCUCUCCACGAAACAUGGUGCUACCUGAAACAACCUCCAGACCAUCUGCUCCCAAGAAGGCCCACGAGCAGCGCGCUCUGCGGCAGCAGAGCCUGCCCUCCCCGGCCCUGUGCUGCGCCUGCGGCCUGUGCAUCAUGCUGGCCGGCAUCAACAUCACCCUGGUGGGAGCUUUUGCUUUCGGCACCUUCAUUCCUACGGGCAACCCCCCCAUCAUCAUCGGGCCUCUUCUCUUACUGAUAGCCCUGGCUUUCUUCACAGCCUGCUGUGUGGUCAGCAGGAGACCCCCGGCCCACAUGGCCCGCAAGGCUAAAGGGGGCGAGAAGUGGGGGCUGAUGCGGAUGGGGACGGCCGCGUUCGAGAUGGAGACGAGUGAACACACGCUACAGGACACCACGGCUGUCCAGCUCAGCCCCACCAACUCCCCCAGCUCCUCUCGCAAGUCCAGCUCCAGCCACGGGGGCAACGCCGCUCCGCCCGCCUGUCAGGAUGGAGCCCUAUCAGAGAUGUGUGGCAUUGGAGAUAACCCCACCUCGACCUCUGACUUCAUGGACAGCACUCCCACACAGAUGCUGCCUGCUCACAUGACUUCCUCUACGUAGCGUGGACUUUCUUUUGCCGUUUGAGUGUUUGGACGUUUUGCUGUUUACAGGAUGCAAGUGUCUGGUAUCAUUGACGGGACUGAUUGACAUUUUCAAAUAUAAGGCUACCGAAAAAGAAAUCCUGAUAAACGACCAACAGACUCUAAGGCUGUAGUCUGAAAUGUAUUGUGUUCAACCUGUCUGAUUGUAACUUAUUCGGUGCGUUGUUGCAGUUAUUGCUCAGUCCCGGGAUGUUUAUUAAUUUUCCAGGAACAGAAAACAGGAACAGGAGAUGAUACCUUAAUCCAAGUGCCUGUUUGUGUACUUCUUGUUGUAUAAAUCAUCCAGUUAAGUCAGAUUAUCCUGCAUUCAUGUCGUAUGGAUCAACUGUGGUUAGUGCCUGUCACCGUAUACGUUUGGAAAGAAGAUGAGUGUGUCCAGCCAGGCUUCUUCUGUGAGUCAUGAGACUGUUCCUGUGUAAGCCCAGUAAAUCUCAGCCGCAGUUUUUCACACACUUUGACGGAAGUGUUAUUAUUUAUUUUGUCUUUUUAAUGCUUUUAUCAGCUGUAGUGAGUGAGUGUGUAACGUUGAGCUGUUGUCAGAUGUAUAUUCAGGAACAAAUGAGUGUUUUACCUUCAGUGAAUUUGUUUGUCAUGUUGUAGUGCCAUGAUUAUAAUAGUUACUACAGAUCUUAAUACAUGUUUGGAGCAUCUGUACAUUUUAUA